UCUAGGACUGGCGCAGAAGGAGAAGACCCCUUUCCUAGUCUGGUUAUUCUCAGCUUUCCAGACAAAGCAUCACGUGCUUAUAGCUAUGGAAUUUGCUAGUGGAGGCACCUUGGCAUCACAUGUGAGAGCUGGCCUACUUCCACUGGAAAGAAGUAGAUUUUACGGCGCCUGCAUUGUACUCGGGGUGCAGUUCUUGCACAACAACAACAUCAUCCACCGAGAUUUGAAGCCAGAAAAUAUCCUGAUUGAUGGAACUGGAUAUGCCAAACUGGCAGAUUUUGGAAUCAGCAAAGCAGGUAAGAUUUCCCGGUCCAGUUAUAUUUGCCCUCUGACUCUUCAGCCAAUAUUGAUAAGUGAUAAUCACUGA